AUGCAGAUCGUAUUGUUGUUCGUGAUGAAAGGUGACAUCGAUGUCUUUUCUUUACAAAGCACUCAAAUUUGAUUCUUCUUGAUUCUUUUGGAUAAAAGUGAUGAAACAACGAUUCUGCGCGAUCAUUCAUUCAGCUCCGUGCGAUUGGAAUAUGUGGAGAGCAAUUUUGAAAGAGUACGAGCGCAAGUGGCAGCUGAUAAAAAGGCGGACGUUCAACGAGAAAGGCAACAAUUGCUUGGAGAGAUCGACGAGGAGAUGAAAUUACGUCGAAAAGAGCUCGAGCAGAGUCAGCAACGAAUCACUAUCAGCCACGAAACACCGCAGAGGACUGAAGAAUCUGAAAAAGUGCACGAGCUGGAGGUUGAACUCGAUAAUCUGCAGACGUUAAGCGCAUCGUUUAGCAUUACUUCGAAUCGGAUAGUGGAGGAAAUUACAUUUGAAGUUGAGUCAGUCGAUCGAAAAGAGCAGCUGAUGGCGUUGCAAAGUGAAGUGGAUCGUGCAAAUUUCAUACUUUGUCGCUUUCAAAAAGAAAACAUUGUAAAUUUUUUAUUCAGUCCAUCCACUAUUUGUUUGAACAGAAAUAUUUUUGAUUAUUUGAUCAGAAGGUUAACGGCUAUCGACAUGUUCAAUAAUGUUUUCAAUCCUUUUUAUUUGUUUUAA